AUGUCGAAGCCUAUGCUGCCUUCCUUUUCUACUAUUAUAGAUGCUGCGAGUUCCGCUACUUCCUCCCCGUUGCCUAGGCCUGCUAGCAUGAGUUUCAGAUUGGACAUCCAAGGAAACAUCAAGCUGCCUCCGCUGAGCAGCAACGAGCCUCAGACGCCCGUGUUGAGGACCAACCUGCUUUCCAUCACCCCAACCACUAGCAUGCUUAGAAUGGGCAAUGUGUCUAUUUCUGGCAGCAGCAACAUUCACAGCGAGAGCAACUUUAGAAGUUGUGACGUAAGUCACGUGACAGGUUCGGAACCUGUUAUUGCAUCGGCUCCCCUAUUGCAGCAACAACAGCAACAGCAGCAGCAGCUCCACCCCAUCUCAAGAACCUCAAACACAACACCAAGUGCCGGAGCAAGCCUCAGUCUAAACCUCAAGCUGGCAGAAACCAGCUCACUUCACCAUACACCCUCAAAAAAACCUAGGGCAAAUAAGAGAUCUAGCAGUGCAAACACCAGCCUGAUACUGGCAGACCCUGAACCAGUCGAAAACUCCUCGGUGUCGGGGAAAAAGAAGUCUACCAAGACAAAGUCCUUUGCAUUCAUCACUCACUCUCAAGAAACUUUCCCUUCUAAUGAACCAUCCAUAGAUAACGCUCAGCUGGCGAGACGUAAGAGAAGAAGAACUUCCAAGAACGAGUCUGAAACCUUGAAAAGAGAAUUUGAGGUGAACCCAGCUCCUUCCAAGGAGAGAAGAGCUGAAUUGGCUGCAAUCUGCAAUAUGAGCGAGAAGGCUAUUCAAGUCUGGUUCCAGAAUAGAAGACAGAACUUCAGGAAGAAACUAAGAACUGAUUCAAAACAACUAAAUUCUCCCCUCACGGAUUCUGAGGGUAGCAAAAGUAAUUGUUCAACUAGCCCAACUGUCGAUAAACCACAACACAGCAUUUCUACUGAGUCUAUUACGCUUGUCAAUGACGACAAAACAGAUGAUUCUUUUUCUAGCGCGCCAAAACAAUCGGACACGGAAAAUACGCCCUCAAUGACGGUGACUUCCAAUAGGCGUAACAGUGCGAAUGCAACUAUCGUCACACCGGUAGAUGAACAGAAAUUCCAAAAGAAAUUAAAGCUUGAUGUUCCAAGAUACACCACUGCUACUACUUUAACAGAAAAAGAGUCGUCACCUUCAGAAAAGGGAAAAGUUUUGACAUUCAGAUUGAAACAGGAUAACGAGUUAGCUCGUGUGUAUACCAGUCCUAACAACAGGGUCAAUAAACUAAUAAAUGGCAGUGCUAUUCAGAGUAUGCAUUCUACUCCAAUUAAAGGAAAUACCGAGAAUAAUAAAAUCAACGAGUCCAUAGCCAGUGGGAAACUGAACUUCAAUUCUAACAGAGGCAUACUAAAGGAAUUAAAUGUCAACGCAGUUUGA